AUGGUAUUCAUUGCCUGUAUUAUAAUAUUACCUCUGGUCUGGGCAGAUUUUUAUAGCUCACGAUAUGAUGAUUUUGACAUACAACCUCUACUGGAAAAUGACAGAAUUCUGUUAGGAUAUACAAAAUGUUUUUUGGACCAAGGGCCUUGUACUCCUGAUGCUAAAGAUUUUAAAAAAGCUAUACCUGAAGCCGUAGAGACUACGUGUGGAAGAUGUACUCCGAAACAAAAGCAAUUAAUUCGAAGAGUUAUAAGAGCUGUGAUGGAAAGUCAUCCUGAUGCAUGGAACCAGUUAAUUGAGAAAUAUGAUAAAGACAAGAAAUACAGAAUGAAUUUUAACAGUUUCAUAGACGGAAAAGAC